GGAAGCGGUGUUAAUGGGUAUCUAGAAUGCGAGGUAUAAUCCGAUUUUCAUUCGACUGCGGUGCGCCAGACUUUCAAACUUCGCCUUGGAUAGUUGGAGUGAAAAGUGUAAUUACUUUGGCCUGCUCCAGCUGGAUCUCUACAUGUAUAUAACGCUCUCCUCCUGCCUCCCUCCAGUCGUCCUCUAUCUUCAGGUACUCGCAAUUCCCAUCCGUUUCGACUCAAGCAACUCUAUUAUCGCCUCAGAAGAAAUUGUUCCCAUCUGGAUCACACAAUUCUGUCAGCAACAUGAAGUUCGUCACCCUUGCGGCGGUUUUCACUAUGCUCAUGGCCCCGAUUUAUGCUGGGCGAUGUGACCAACUGCGUGGCACAUGGAAUGAGGCAGGGUGCUCGCGCUGUGAGCAGGCUC